UCACCCGAAUUAUUUAGUGGAUGUUAAUGGAUUUUUAAUCAGGAAAAAAAAAAUUAAAGUGAAGAAUAAUGUAAGAAGUCAUUUCAUGCACAAAGCUGUCUCGACAGUAGGAGUUACCCUUGGGAAAAAUGGUAAGGUGAAAAAUAAGGUCAUGUUGAAAUUUGUCUUUAGAAAGCUGGCUUCUGUGUGCAACUGGAACAGAAGGCGUAAGUUUGAUAUUGAGACUUUCUUGCAACAGCACUAUCUAGUUCAUUGUGUAAAUUAGCUUUGAAAUGAUCUAUAUAUUUAUUUUUUUAUCCUUUUAGAAACAGGAAAUAUUUUCAAUGUGAUUAAUAGGAGAACAGAGAAAAAUCCGGAAAGGGAAAAUUGUAUUUGUUUCAUACAGUUUUUUCUUUGAUAGUUCUGUGUACAGAUUCCAAAUGCAUCUUCCAAAGUUGAAGACUUUAACACAUAUUUCACAUAACUAGGAAAAGUAAAAGGGGGUUUCAAAUUUCAAGUGAUUAGUAUGUGAAUCCAUUGCUAGUUUUUAAGAAAAUGUAAUUCUACUCUGAGUGUUCCUGCUACUCAUUUAUCUUCAGAAAACUAUAACUGUGGCGGAACACAUUUCGCUUUUGUUAUUUUUAUUGUUAUUGCUUGUGUUACAGAAAACCUAGAGAUUGGGAGUUAUAUUGGAAUUGCACUAGUCUAAAUGUCUGUCCAAAAAUAAGUUAGUAGUGAAGAGCUUGCAGUUUUUUCAUGUGAGACAUGAAAAAGAUACUGGAGAAAGCAAGAAACAUAAAAAUGGUGUUUAGGAGAUAAUUCCAGGCAGAGUCAGAAGCUGGCCCCACUCCUUGAAGUCAUUAACGUGCUACAGAAAUGUCAUUGAUACUUCUCAUAGAGUGUUUAGUUCUGCUUGGGACUCAGAUACCUGAUUUUGCUUCAGAAUUAAGAAGUAGGAAUAUUCUAUUUUUUUUUUCUGUGUCCCGUGUCUCUUUCCUGCUCUGAUUUUAAUCUCGAUGUUAAGAAAUGUAACAGAAAAUUUCAAACAAACACAAUAAUACUAGUCCUGCCUCUGCUUCUUAAACUUGCUUGUAUGGUUGCUUGCAUUUUGCUUCAGUUGCUGUGUAGUUGCCUGUAGUGCUGUGCUUGCCAAAAUGACCUGAAAGCAGCAGGCUGGAAAUAGAGAGCAUGAAUCUUCCUAAUGCUUUCAGGUCCCGUUGAUACACUUUAAAACAAACAGGGUCUCUUUUCAACCUCCUGUUUAAUCAGCAUAUCCCUCCCGAACUGAAGAAUAAAUGGGAUCUGAAAUGAAUUUAAUAGGACAUCAUCAGCUUGCCACUGCUGAUGGAUUUCCUCUUGCUGAAGGUUCUCAUUUGUUUGGUGUCCUUUCAGAACCAAUGAAUUCUCCAGUGCAAGAGGCAGAUGUGUCACCUUAUGCACAGUACAGCAAUGUGCCAUUUCCCCAAGUUCAGCCUCAGAUCUCAUCGCCACCUUAUUACUCCAACCUAGGCUUCUACCCUCCACAGCAUGAGGAAUGGUAUUCCCCUGGGAUGUAUGAACUCAGGAGGUUACCCUCAGAGACCUUUUUCACAAGGGAGACAGAGAUAAUGGAUAUUCCUGCAGCCAAAAAGCCUAGACUGGGUCACUCCACAGGAAGAGUGAAAGGAGAAGAGCUCUGUGUGGUCUGCGGUGACAAAGCCUCUGGCUACCACUAUAAUGCCCUUACUUGUGAAGGAUGCAAAGGAUUCUUCAGAAGAAGCAUCACAAAAAAUGCAGUAUACAAGUGUAAAAACGGAGGCAACUGCGAGAUGGACAUGUACAUGAGGAGAAAAUGCCAGGAGUGCCGUCUGAGGAAAUGCAAGCAGAUGGGCAUGUUGGCUGAAUGUAUGUAUACAGGUCUCUUAACAGAGAUACAGUGCAAGUCAAAAAGGCUACGGAAAAAUGUGAAGCAGCCCCCAGAUCAGACAGUCAAUGAAGACAGUGAAGGCCAUGAUGUGAAACAAGUCACUUCUACAACUAAAAUAUAUAGGGAGAAGGUAGAGCUUACCCCAGAACAGCAGAAACUUCUUGAUUAUAUUAUGGAUUCAUACAGUAAGCAACAAAUACCACAGGAAGUGUCAAAAAAACUAUUGAACGAGGAAUUCAGCGCUGAAGAUAAUUUUCUGAUUUUAACAGAAAUGGCUACCAGUCAUGUGCAAGUUCUUGUGGAAUUCACUAAAAAACUACCAGGCUUCCAAACCCUUGAUCAUGAAGACCAGAUUGCUUUGCUGAAGGGCUCAGCAGUAGAAGCCAUGUUCCUCCGUUCAGCUGAGAUUUUCAGCAAGAAACUUCCUACGGGACACACUGUCCUUUUAGAAGAAAGAAUUCGCAAUAGUGGUAUCUCAGAUGAAUUCAUAACUCCCAUGUUUAAUUUUUAUAAAAGCAUUGGAGAGCUGAAGAUGACACAGGAAGAAUAUGCACUGCUCACAGCCAUAGUUAUCCUGUCUCCAGAUCGACAAUACAUAAAGGACAGAGAUUCUGUGGAAAGACUUCAAGAACCACUGCUGGAUAUUCUACAAAAGGUCUGCAAACUUCACCACCCAGAUAACCCUCAACACUUUGCAUGUCUUCUGGGUCGUCUCACAGAAUUACGGACAUUUAAUCAUCAUCACGCAGAGAUGCUGAUGUCAUGGAGAGUUAACGACCACAAAUUCACACCUCUUCUCUGUGAGAUCUGGGAUGUACAGUGAUGGAUACUUCCUUAUUUUAUUUUAGGAGAAAUAUCUUUUUAAAGGACCACAUAGCACUUAUUUUCAUAGAAAAGUAUCCCACGGUCCAUUAUAUUUUCUUUACUGCAUUUUUAUAGAAACAUGCCAUGGAUUCAUAAAAGUCAUUUUGUUCACUAUGCACAGAAUUUUGUAUAGCUAUCAGAUCCUCACACGUGAGUAUAACUUUUUCUGUAUUUAUACCCUCUGAUCAGAAAGAGCCCACCAGCUCUUCAGAGGAACCCAAUUAAUUCCUGCUGCAAUUAAGCUGAUGCAGUUACUGUUCCUCUGUAAACAAAUGGGGAAAUGCAAGUUUCCAGUCAUAAUUUUUCAUUGCAGUGUUCUUUCUCUCUGUCAAGGAAUAUGUUCCAGAUAGUUACCGAAAUAAACCAGCUGAAAUGGUUAAUGUCAUAGUCAUUUACAGUUCAACUCUGAAAUGUGUUGAUGGAAGGUGUGCAAGAUGUUAUUUCUUCACGAGAUGAAAACUUAUGUAAUGGACGAAAACCACAUACACACAAAAACUCUUUUCAUUAUAUAACAUGUAACUUCAAUUGCAUUAUUAUUUCGAAGUAAAAAUUAUAGAGUAUCUUUAUUUUGUGAAA